UCAGCAAAAUAAAUCAAGGUUCGGGGACUAAAACCCUAAAUAAACAAAACAUCUAAGUAUUCAAAUUUGGCACCAAAAAGAUUAAACGCCAGUUGGGAAGUUACACAGAAAUGGUUUUAACCGGAGACGGUGCCGGUUCCGGCGCCGGAGACGGUGGUGGUGGUAGCAAUUUUAAUUUGGCGCCACUGGUGCGUACAUUAGCCAAAGGAGCAGCUUUAGCCAUAGGGGGGAUCUUUUCCAUCACCAUGAUUUCAUCCACUGCAAUUACAUUUUUCACAUUACACAAAAAGGACCAAUUUGGAUCGCCGUCAUCAUUGUCUACUAAGAAAAAGAAUGUAAGUGCAUGUGAUGUAUGUAAAGGGAAAGGGUUCUACAUGUGUAAAUUAUGUAAAGGGAAUGCUACAAUAGAGUGGUCUCCGUUGUAUGAUCCGGUAUUCAUUAACCCGUGUCUUUGCCCCACUUGUGAUGGACAUAGGAUCCAGCGAUGUCUUAAUUGUUUGGGGAGUGGAUUCGUUCAACAAGCUAAAGGAAGUGACAACCACCUAGCUGUGCUUAAAGCUUUCUAAAGCACUGUGAUGAUGAAUAAAGGGGUGAUUUACUGAAGAAUGGUCUUUUGCAUGUUCGUUUGAAGCUCUUCAGUGUUUUAUUCGAAUCAAACUAACUUCGAAGAUUCUUUUGUUCGUGUGGUUUUUCAAGCAAUGGGCUACAGAAAUUAUGAAGAACAUGAGAUGAUUAGAGAGAUAAGUAAGGUUUCUCUUUGCGAUAGGUGCUUACUGUUACAUGAUGUGACCAAAAGCACUAGGCUGCUUACCAUACUUCCUGUAUCAUUUUGAAGUUUUGACAUGGUUAUGUAAAUUUAAUUUUUCGUUGAAUUUGAUGUCAUUUUUUAUGGAAAGACCCAGUUAUAUUUUUUUUUAUCCAUAAUUAGUCGAGUAAAUUUUGCUUUUGA